AUGCUGGUUAAGAAUCCCAUGAAGCGUCUCAGCAGGAAUAGCACAGAUUCUAUUGCUGAGUUGUUGCGUUCGGUGCUUGGCGAAAAUGUCAUAAACCCACAGAAACAACAAAAUAUUGCAAAUAGGCAAGGAAGCCGUAUUGAACAUAUUCUGGUUAAUUCGUGGUAUCGAAGGAGUUCAGAUGCUGUUACUGGGGGAAGAAAUGUGUUGAACUGUGAUAAUAUAUUGAAAAGUUUGACUAAGUUGCGAAAGCAGCGAGAAUUCCACGACUAUUUCUUACUGCUGAGACUUCUCCAGUUUAACAAAGUAAGCUUUGUUAAUAGUAAAGGGGAAUAUCUUGACACCCAAAGUCGUGUGGGGCCUUUACUGUACAAUGAAUUAAGUAAAGCCCUAAGUUUAAUAAGUCAUAGAUGUACUAUACGUGAGGCUAAGACGUUAGCUCAAAUCGUUGUUAGUUUGCUGAAUGACUAUAACCAAGCCGGCGAACAAACUGCACCACUCAAUGUCAAGCUGAAUAUUUUGUACAGGUGCGCUCAGGUAGCCGGUACAGCUAAAUCAUGGAAUAUCGUUGAAGCAGCAUUGAAAGAGAUCAGAAAACAAGCGAAAUACUUAGCUGGAGAGGAUGUUGAGCUUGUAAUUCAUUAUGGGUAUCUGAAUUUUUACCUGAUUUCAGAUCAGACAUUUUUAUUGAAACGAUACUUUGAAAACAAUAUAGAACAUAUGACUGGAAUCGAAAGUCAAUUGUUUGCAUCCCUAUUAUCAAAUAUUUUAUUAAAAGCAACGAACUACGGAAGUGAGAGCUUUGCAGCCAAAGUGUUAGCAAAGAUGAAGGAGAAUAACUUUACUUUGGAAAAAUCGCAUUUGGAGAUGCUACAAGCAAAAAUAGAGAAAAAUGGGUAUCUGAGCCUUGCUUUAAUGUUGGAGAGCAUUGAGCCAGCUUAUAAAUCACCAUUUAAUCCGUUGAUAUCACAUGAAGAGGCAACUUUUGAUCACUAUGUUGAUGUCUUUUCCUUAUCCGAAAUAGACUUCUUCUCAAGUCCUGUUAGUGUUGAUUUUAUUUUGGACAAAGUACCUCAAUUUUCAGAUGUUGAAGAAUAUGUUACAUUCAUUUGCAAAAGACUUUUAAAGGAGUUCCGGAAUGAAUCUGCAAGAGUCAUGUUACUAGAUAUAGUGUUACGUCAUAUCUGCAGCACCCGAAAACUAGGCUUUGCUCUGUUGGUCUUGAAAUCUAUAAUUGAAGUACAUGGUAUGGGUAAAUAUUUUGUUGAUACGCGAAGACUUGCCUCAAGGAACAGCAUAUCUGAAUUUCAUCUCUUUUUUCCUCCAAUAGCUCGAAGUAAUUCUUCUUGCCUAACUGCUGCAUAUCUUUUCAAGUACCUCAAAGAUGAAUAUCCUCUUGACUUCAAAUUUACUAAGUAUGAUUACUAUGCUUUGGUAAGAUCAGCAAUUUCAGCGAGUAAUUUGGAUCUUCUACACUAUUACAUGUAUCAUUUGAUCCUGGAUUGGGGUCAUAAAUCGUUGAUACAUAGUGGAGGAUCUUUAAAUUGGAAUCUUCCUGUUAAUUUAUUAAAGCUGAUUAGUGAUUCGUUUCAUAAAAAAGACGUUAAAACAAUAAGCCAAACACUUGAGGAUACUUUGUUUUGGUAUAAAUCAAGUUAUGAUCAAAAAGGGACUGUGCCCCAGAUAUCGGUGGAGAUAUUGAAUAACAUAAUUCUAAAAACAGCACCAGCUGUAAUAAAUGAAUUUCCCAAAUUAUUGCCUCUCCAAAUGAUGAAACACUCAGUAAAUACAUAUGAUGGUUAUCAAUAUCGGAUAGACCAGGCUAAUAAGAGUGAUCUCAUGAGUAUAGUGAAAUCUUUGCAUGAGACGCUACAUGCUGAGAGUUGUGUUGAAGAAACACCACUUUAA